AUGGUGAAACAUGAAAUUGAGGAUUUCAAAUGCCCCCGAGUCUCUUUCCAUAUAAUCUUGUCAGCACUCAUUGAUAAUAAAAUAUUUUGUGUUCAUGGUGGUUUGUCUCCUGCGAUAUCCACAUUAGACCAGAUUCGUACAAUAGAUCGAAAGCAAGAAGUAGCUCAUGAAGGUGCCAUGUGUGAUCUUCUCUGGGCAGAUCCAGAAGACAUUGUUGGCGGAUGGGGUCUCAGUCCACGCGGUGCAGGUUUUUUAUUUGGUGGAAGUGUUGUCACUACAUUUAACCACUCAAAUAACAUUGACUAUAUAUGCCGUGCCCAUCAGCUGGUAAUGGAAGGUUAUAAAUGGAUGUUUAAUGAGCAGAUAGUUACAGUCUGGUCAGCUCCAAAUUACUGCUACAGAUGUGGAAACAUUGCUGCAAUUCUUGAGCUAGAUGAAAACCUUGAAAAGAAGUUUCGUGUAUUUGAAGCAGCUCCGCUGGAAUCGAGAGGAGCACCGGUGAAGAAGCCUCCUCCUGAUUUCUUUUUGUAA